GGGCGGGACUUCCGCCUUCGGGUGGGGGCGGUCGUUUUCGGGGGUCUCUUGGGUCUGUGUGCUUGAUGAGAGGCUCCGGGACGCUGGUGUUGAACUGGGGUGACGGGAGCGGGAAGGCGCGAGAGGAGGCUAACGUUCUCUUCUCGGCACUAAUGCGGGUCUGACGUUCAGCAGCGGCGCCCGGGAAUCACCUGAUUCCGAUUCCGGGACAGGGAUGCGUGGGGCCAGACCUGGUCCACAGCUCCUGGCCCUGCUCCGCCCACAGAGUCAGAUGGCAGCGGCCGCUCUGAAAGUCCCGCCUGAGGUUGCUGUGGCUGCGGAGUGGCUUCCAGACCAUGAAGAGGGCCAAGUGACCUUUGAGGACGUGGCUGUCUACUUCUCCUGGGAGGAGUGGGGGCUCCUUGAUGAGGCCCAGAGGCUCCUGUACUGUGGGGUGAUGCUGGAGACCUUCUCACUGAUGGCGUCUCUCGGACUCACACCGUCCAGGACCCAUGACAUGACUCAGCUGGAGCAGCGGGGGGAGCCCUGUGUGCUUACCGGGGGAGUCUCAACCACAGCCACACCAGCAGGUUGUUGGUGUGGAGCAGAGGCUGAUGAGGCACCUUCUGAGCAGAGUGGUUGUGUAGAAGUGGACAGAGCAAACCUUCACCAACACCAGAACCUGAACUCUGGAGAGAAACCUUCAACAAGAGAAGAGCAUGAGGGGAAUGGGAAGGUCUCCCCAGGAAGCUCUGGUCUUCCCAAGCCUCAGGAGGCUCCUAGUGGAGGGGAGCCAUGUAGGAGCACCAAAAGUGGGCAGGGCGUUCCCCCUGGGAAAAGGCAUUACAGGUGUAGUGAGUGUGGGAAAGCCUUUGGUCAGAAAUACUUACUUGUUCAGCACCAGAGACUACACACAGGAGAAAAGCCUUAUGAAUGCAGUGAAUGUGGGAAAUUAUUCAGCCAUAAAUCCAACCUUUUUAUACAUCAAAUAGUUCACACUGGUGAAAGACCUUACGGGUGUAGUGAAUGUGGAAAAUCCUUUAGCCGCAAUGCUGACCUCAUUCAACACCGGAGAGUCCACACUGGAGAAAAGCCUUUUAAAUGCAGUGAAUGUGGAAAAGCCUUCAGGCACAAUUCCACACUUGUUCAGCAUCACAGAAUCCACACUGGAGUAAGGCCUUAUGAGUGCAGCGAAUGUGGGAAGUUCUUUAGCUUUAACUCAAGCCUCAUGAAGCAUCAGAGAGUUCACACUGGAGAAAGACCUUAUAAGUGCAGCGAAUGUGGGAAAUUCUAUAGCCACAAGUCAAGCCUUAUUAAUCACUGGAGAGUUCACACUGGAGAAAGGCCUUAUGAAUGCAGCGAAUGUGGGAAAUUUUUUAGCCAAAGCUCCAGCCUUGUGCAACACCGAAAAGUUCACACUGGAGAAAAGCCCUUUAAGUGCAAUGAAUGUGGAAGAUUCUUUAGUGAGAAUUCUAGCCUUGUUAAACACCAGAGAGUUCACACUGGAGCAAGACCUUAUGGGUGCAGGGAAUGUGGGAAAUUUUUCCGCCACAGCUCCAGCCUUGUUAAGCAUCGGAGGAUUCACACCGGAGAAAUGCCUUAUGAGUGCAGCAGUUGUGGGAAGUCAUUUAGCCAGCGUUUCAACCUUAUACAGCACCAGAAAGUUCACAGUGGAGAAAAGUCUUGCAAGGUUCAGCUGUGACUGACGCUUGCUUUUCUACCUGAGUAUUAGAUUUUCUUAAAUAAAUGUUUCUUCAUUUGCUGUAUAUCCUUCAGAUCAUUUCCAGAGGCUUUAAAUGAUGUUUUUAUAAUUUUCACCCAUUUCCCUGGGAAGCAGGCCUGCAAAGCUCCUCACACUGUCAUGCUGGAAGCUGAUGGAAAUAUUUAACUUUUGAAGAAUUUUCCACCUUGUAUUCUAAAUAGUUAUGCCAUUUCACAUUUCCUGGAGUGUUUGUUUUCCAGUUUCUUCGUAUCUUUGCUGAGUUUUGUAUGUAAAAUAUUGGCCAUAUAUUUUUAGCAAUUCUAGGGAAUGUCUAGUAGUAUUUCAUUGUGAUUUAAAUUUGCACUCCCCUAAUGACUUGGUGUUCAGUAUUUCUCCCUGUGUAUUUGCCAUCAUAUGUUUUCUUCAGUGAAGUAUCUGAUCAAAGUUUUUUGCCUACUAUUAAACUGUCUUGCAAUUUCUUAAUA